AUGAAUGGUGCUCUCAAAGGAAAGGGUGAGGCACUACUGGUAACAGAUGACAAAGGAAAUCCAUUAGGAGUAGCAACUCCAAUGGUCCAUGGAGAAACAUUUCAUGUGGGUCCCUCACAACACCCAGAACAGCAUUCACCUUCAGGAGACAUGGAGAAAUACUUUCAUUCUGUAAAACAGUUGAGAAAGCCAACUCCUGGAUUAUACCAAGAAUACUUGGACCAUGUAAUGGAAAAUACCCAGAGUGAAAAACCAGGUUCCUCUAACACAGCUUCAGCCAACCUUUACUGGGCAACCAUGUGGGCAAAAGAUAUCUGGGAUGAAUUUAACCAGUUGAACCAAGAUUAUGAUAAAAUGUUCAAUGACAUUCAGAGGAGUAGGCUAUUGAAAAGAAUACCAUAUGAAAGUGAUGACUAUUGGGAGAAAGUGGAGAAUCAACUUGAAAAGAAAAAAAUCCUGAUUAAGUCAGCCAAAGAUUUAAAACUUGUACUCAAUAGCUUGAAUGAUUGUAUAGAAGUUUCAUUGAAGGAGUGGGCAUGGCGGAAUGAUUUAGACCAAGCGUUCUUUACCAGGGAAUUUGCUUCAGGGAAGAAGUAA